GCUGCUGACAUUAUGAAUGAGGAAGAUGAAAGCGUCUAUUUGAACAGGUCACUGACGGAUAUGGACCGUUUCAGCAAAUUGGAGGACAUCGACGUGACGGCUGACGGGAGCCCGGUUCUGAGAUUCCUUAUCUGCUUGGUCUACUCGGUGGUCUGCGCUGCGGGUUUGAUAGGCAACCUGCUGGUCCUCUUCUUCAUCAGGGUCAAUAAAGAGAGGAAGAAGUCCAGAGUGAACUUCUUCGUACUGAACUUGGCCGUGACGGACCUGCAGUUUGUGCUCACUCUGCCCUUCUGGGCAGUGGACACCGCGCUGGACUUCAGCUGGCCGUUUGGAGACGCCAUGUGCAAAAUCAUCCUCUCGAUCACCGUGAUGAACAUGUACGCCAGCGUCUUUUUUCUCACUGCCAUGAGCGUGACCCGCUACUGGUCAGUCGCCUCGGCUCUGAAGAACAGAACCGUGCGGAAGUCAUGUUCCUCCAAAUGGAUCUCCGCGGUCAUUUGGACACUGGCGACUCUGGCGACCGCGCCGACGUCGAUUUUCUCAACUGUCAGCAACGUGACCGGGGAAAAAUUGUGUUUACUGAGGUUCCCAGGUGGACAGUACUGGUUAGCGGUUUAUCACAUACAGAAAAUACUUGUGGGUUUUGUAUUGCCAAUGUCCAUCGUGUCCAUCAGCUACAUCAUGCUGCUGCGUUUCAUCCGGAAUCGGAGUAUGAAAACAAGCAACCCCAAACGGAGAUCCCAAGUCACAAAGUCCAUCACCAUCGUCGUGUUGUCCUUCUUCCUGUGCUGGAUGCCAAACCAUGCCAUCACCUUGUGGAGUGUGCUGGUCAAGCUGAACGCUGCAAACUGGGACAGAGCGUAUUACAUAGUCCACACAUAUGUGUUCCCACUGACCGUCUGUCUGGCGCACACCAACAGCUGCCUGAAUCCGAUAAUUUACUGCCUCAUGAGGAAGGAGUUCAGGAACAAACUGAGAGGCCUGAUACGCAGAGGAUAGUGAUUUGGGGCGUUGUGAAUGAUUUGACAGAGCGCGAAAUGUGUUGACAAGCAGUAACCAUGACGCACCGGGUGCGCACGGCAGAAAAGGCAUGAAGUGAGAGACGAGACCCGUCAGAAAACACAAUCAUAACAAGUAACUUCAUAUCGAGACUGUUUACUCGAUUCUGCUCAUGAAAAAUUACACUUUCAUCGGCGCUUCUUGUCUUUAAAGGCUUGCGUAAAGUGGCUGAUCUGUAUAAAGAACCAUUGUAGCUGGUUUAGGGCUGUAUGUAUAGGAGUUGCUAAUUUUGUGUAAAAAUAUUACACGUACGACCACUCUGACACUGCUUGUUAACUAACCAUUAGGAGUGAUGUAUCUCUAGCCCACAGUCUAAGUGGCUGCGUGCGUAAUUGCGCAUGACUAUUACCUACGCCUUAUGUGCUCGUGUUAUGAUUGAACAGGUGAAAAGUGGCUGCGCGCUUUCUACGUGCAUAUGUGAAUGUCUUCGCGAAUAAUGUGUCCAGUGUCCCAUAAAUGUGCUCUAUAACGCAAUCGUGGCUACAAACAUCACCUCAUCACAGUCUGAGGCAAAGGGAGAAAAGACAGAAAGAAGUUAUUGACUAUGGCGUGCCAAAAUCAAUAGAACAAAAUUUGUGAAAUAUCAUUGUAAAUACGGAAAAAAAAAUGUAUCCACUAUGUGUGAAAUAAAAAUGUGCUUAAGUUUUUACAUGGGUCAGUUUUCCUCAUAAGUAAUCCGUGACUAUGCACCAGUCAAUGUAACAGGUUAUAAGAUUUGAAAUAACGAAUGUCUGAUUGUCUGAUGUGAAU